AUGGGGCUCCUAAAACUGUUCAAGAGCGCGGACUCAGUGUCCAAAAAAGACAUUGCCAAAAUCGAACAGGUUGCGGAGGUUUGUUCUAGCGAAUGCAACGAUUGUAAAAGCUCCUCCGCGGAAAUCGAGCGCGAUGAGGCGAGGGUCUCUUCUUUGAAGAUCGACCAUGAAACCCCAUUAUUUGGGUCUUCUAAAUCGUCGAAAGUACACUUCGUGGUGCCAACUUCACAGACAGAUUGGGCGCAUGACGCAUGCUUGGAGACCAAGGGAACAGUCCAGUGGGAACUGGCACAGUGGAUCGAUGCCAACAGCAGCAAGCUUAAGGGGGGCGAGGGUGACACCGUGCGCUGCAGUGUAUCAUCGCUGCCCAAGGAUAUUAUGGACAUUGAUGUGAUGCGCGGAAGGAAAAAUGACGUGCUAGUUUUACCACAUUUUCUGUUGAUUAAACACCUUAGGGCGGAAGAUGUGGCGAAGACAGCAGAGGUUGUGAUGCCGCUGCUUCUUGAGAACAAGCGUGACGAGCUUCUUGCUAUGGAAAAUAUAGAGGAAGCCAGAGAGCAAGCGUUUGUAUUUUUGUGCUCACAUAAGACGCGCGAUAAGAGAUGCGGCAUCACGGCUCCCAUUCUCCAGAAGGGCUUCUUCAGGGAACUACAAGAACACGAUUUAUACCGCGACCCCUCAGAUUUUAGACCGGGCGGUUGCAACGUUGCUUUCGUUAACCAUGUAGGCGGCCAUAAGUUUGCCGCCAACGUACUGAUUUACCUGAGGCGUUCCCACUCGCUGAUCUGGUUGGGAAGAGUGACUCCAAAGCACAUACCAGUUAUUGUUAACACGAUGAUAGUGCCUGAGAAGCCUCGGAUCCCAUGGCCAGAGAAGGUUCGGUGUGUAGAGAAAUACUCGGGUUGGUAG